AUGUCCAACCACACCACUCCAGCGCCCACCAGCGCCCCACGACCGAGCUACUUCGACACCAUAGCCUCUACCAUCGCCUCCUCUUCCGAAAGCAGCACAGCACACUUCGAGCAAACCUGGUCCUCCCACCUCGGCAACUCAUACCUCCGCGCGACUCCCCGUAACACCGGCAAGGGCCCUGGUCUGCUCGAUCUGCCCCCGGAGCUGAGGCUGAUGAUCUAUGGAUCCAUGCAUCUAGGUCCUCAUCUCACCGCGACUGGCGAGGGAGCCAAAGAGGAAGGGGCAGAAGCAAUCGACAUCGCCGCCCUCCUCAACUGGAAGAAACUCCCAGCGUCCGAAAUGACCGCCAGGAACCCCUGGAACUGGAUCCUAACGCACCCCCUCUUCUUCACCGAAGCCCUCGAUAGUAUCACGCAGCGCCACGCAGUCCUCCUCCGCAGUCUCGAGGGCGUCACGCUUGCGCUUCCAUACCUUACCCACGUCAAAACCCUCAUCCUAGAUUUCGCCUACGUCCACGCGAUAGAAACAAGCGACGCACUCGACAACUUGCGAAACCUCCCCAACCUCGAAAUCCUGAGAAUCAACACCACACCCUCGACCCUCCCAUUCUGCCGCUCCCCAGCGCCACUCUCCGGCUUCAGCGCCCUGCACACACUAACGCUCCAUAACGUCUCCGACGAAGCGGAAGAGCGCGCCGACCAAGCGGCCCAUCAACUUCGAAUGACGAAACUGGAAGCACAACUAGCUGCGGCGAACGAGAACCUCCAAGCAGCCAGGCUAGCUACGGCAGGGGUGUCCCUGAAUCCUUGGCAGAAGUUGCAGCAGAUGCAGCUUCAGCUGGAUAGGCUUGAUAUUGAUGCGGAGAUUGUGAAGUUGAGGUUGGCGGGGGUUGAGGGGGUUUGGGGGAGUGGUGCGGUGAGGGAUUCGAGGAUUGAGGCGAGGAGGGGGAGGCGGAGGGGGUUGCGGAGACGGGAGAUUGGGUUGAGGGUGGAUCUUGGGUUGGGGGGUGUGGGUGUGUAG